GGAGGAGAGGGAAGUGCUUCUUUCAAUCUAUGAUGGGGAUGCUUGCUUCAAAGCCGUCAAUGACACAACCUAUCAGUAUAGGGUUGGAGAAGGUGGAGACUUCAAAUCUUUCAUGGUAGAAGUGAGUUGGGAAGAUGAUUAUCCCUCAGUACCCCCAGAAAUCAAUCUAGAUGUCUUCUUCAAUAAUCACAUAUCCCCAGCUGUAAAAGAAAAUAUAAUUUCCAAAAUGAAAGAAGAGGCAGCACAGUGGCUAGAUAGUGCAAUGACCUUCACCCUAUUUGAGUUUGCCAAAGAGAAUGCAGAAGACUUGAUGUCUGCUCAAGAAGAAGAAGUAAUUGUACCAAAGGAAGAAAAGGAAGAGACUGUCCAUGUUCCUUUGGUUGCUAAAGUCAAAGAGAAGAAGGAACAACUCACCAAAGCUCAGAAGAGAAGAAUUACUGAAAGAACAAAUUUUAAGGGUGAACGACCUAGAGGAUGGGACUGGGUUGAUGUUAUCAAGCAUUUAAGCAAGUCAGGAUGCAAGCCAGAUAGUUGACAGUGAUUUCAUCAAGAUCAGAGACACAAACUCAUCAAUCAGAAGCCUUCAAUAUAAUGGUACGACCAAUGAGAAGCCUUCUUCAUACAACUUCCAUGAUUGGUGUAUAUCCAGCAAAUGAAGUCUGACUGGUUGUUAUUGUGCAAAUAAAGGACUCAACAUAUACAUGCAUCUAUUUUAUUGGUAUUUAUCGUAUGUGGAGGCUAUACUACAGGCUUCAUGCAGAAGCAAUACGCCACUGAGGGGUAUUGGCUCGUACACAGAGAUACAUGUAUUGAGACAAUGUGUUGUUCCUUGAAUAUUUCUCUUUCCUUGCCAACUCACAUACAGGGAUAGUUGUUGAAGGGAUACUAGUUUCAGCUGCUUGAGCCAUAUUAUGAUCAUGGGGCAUUUUCUUUUUGUAUAAAGAGGGGCAAUCUCAUGCAUGUAUCGGCCCAAUUCGAUGAAAGCUUGGCAGCACACCAUGCUCCGCCAGAGACCAUAUUAAUCCUCGGGAGCAUUUCACGAAGCAAAUAUUGUUUUCGCUGACAACUGUUGUAAGCUACUGAAAUCCUUGCAUCUGAUUGGUUCAGAAUAAAUUAGUCAGUCUGCUUACAAUGCUCACCCGUCUACCUUUUUCCACCAACACUACAGAAAAGGCCCAAGACUUGCACAUUAUGCAUGAUACUCCCCCCAUUAGGGACUCUUGCUCAUAGACGAAAAUCUCUUUCUCACACAUAUAUCAAAGCCUCUCCCCAUUUGCACAAUGCCUGCAAUCCCAUGCUGAAUCAUAGAAAAUCUCAUGCAUAGCUGGGCCCUGUCUUACAAAGAGUUAUGAUUGAUCCAAUCAAUCACAACUAUGGAGAGCCAGCAACGUCAACAUAUAAAAUACAUGUUUCUUCAAAGUAUUUUCUAGUUAUGAGGUAUAUUCAUACAUUAACUGUUUUCUUCACAAUUAGUAUGCUUCUCUUUGUUUUCAACAAAGGACAUUGUGCAAAUUUCCUGUAGAAAAAAAUUAUGACAUUGAUGGAUUCCCAUAGAGUUACAAUUGAAUGGAUCAAUCUUAACUCUUUGUAAGACAAGGCCCUGGUCUUUGGACUUGGCAUCUCUGACCCUUAUGCCACAGUCACACCCAUGAAACCGACCCCAGACCAACUACAGCUAUUACGUUAUUACCAAUGACAUACUAUCAGUUGGUUUGGAGUCAGUUUCAUUGGUGUGACUGUAACCUUAGUAAUCCUCACAAAAAUACAUAUGCAUCAUGUUUAAAAAAUUCAGCCCUUAUAUUAAACAGACCUUGGGGCUGUUUCAUAAAGAUGUUCGUAAAGGGGCUUUCACAAUUGCUCGGCGAUCAUUUGCUAUCACUUGGUGACAAUAUAUGUUGCACAGAAUCGCAAUGGUUGUGAGCAGUCGCACCACCAAUUUUGAAAGGGGCUUAAGUUAAAAGCAACUUAAAGAAAUGACUGGUGAACCUUUCUUAGGUGCUAAGUAAUCACCAAAGAACAUUUCUUUGUGAAUAUCAUUUACCACAUGAAAGGAUCAACAGUCUUUCUGAAAGUCAUUCUCAACUUAGGAACAGCUCUAUGAAACAGCCCCCGGAUUUGUAACAUGGUACACUUGUCAGGGCAAGAGUUCUAGCACAGCUCAAAAGCAACUGCUGGAAAUGGCUUCAGUUCUGAGAAAGCUUAAAAUUACCUGGACCCCAUAAUAAAAAGGAUUGCAGUCAAACUUUGAAUGACAUUGGCCAACCAAGAUUAUUGUUACAUGUGUAUUUUGUUCAUCAUACUGUCCGAAACCAAUCAGAAUUGCUUUUUGCAGUUUGUUGCAAACAUUUGUAUUAUAGGUCCCAGAAAUCAUAAGAGAAGUGCCAAAUGGAUCUCAUCUCACACACAUAACUUACGUGACUGUCAGGCUUAAAACAGACAAUAAGUUGACCAAAAUGAAUUCUCAGUUUUUCCUUUUUUAAAGGCAUAAUGAUACCUAUAAUGAUAUAACAAGUGGAAUGCCUCUGGCCGUCUCACCUGCAUCACGCGAUUCAAUAUAGCAGCAGUACUGAUUUUGAAAACUACUAUAACUCGCACAAGAUGUUCAGUGAUACUUGGUUACUCUUAUUUCCACGUUUUAUGAACUAGACCAAUACACUCAUAGAGAUAUGAUGGCAAUUCAACAAAUACCCCCAACGUGGCCAAAGUUCUUUGACCUUACAUGACCUUUGACCUUGAUCAUGUGACCUGAAACUCGCACAGGAUGUUCAGUGAUACUUGAUUACUAUUAUGUCCAAGUUUUAUGAACUAGACCAACACACUUUCAAAUUUAUGGCUGUAAUUCAACAAAUACCCCAAUUUGGCCAAAGUUCAUUGACCCUAAAUGACCUUGAUCAUGUGACCUGAAACUUGCACAGGAUGUUCAGUAAUACUUGAUUACUAUUAUGUCCAAGUUUCAUGAAUCAGAUCCAUAAACUUUCAAAGUUAUGAUGGUAAUUCAACAGAUACCCCCAAUUCGGCCAAAGUUCAUUGACCCUAAAUGACCUUUGACCUUGGUCAUGUGACGUGAAACUCAUGCAGGAUGUUCAGUGAUACUUGAUUAACCUUAUGUAUAAGUUUCAUGAACUAGGUCCAUAUAUUUUCUAAGUUAUGAUGACAUUUCAAAAACUUAACCUUAGGUUAAGAUUUUGAUGUUGAUUCCCCCAACAUGGUCUAAGUUCAUUGACCCUAAAUGACCUUUGACCUUGGUCAUGUGACAUGAAACUCAGGCAGGAUGUUCAGUAAUACUUGAUUAACCUUAUGGCCAAGUUUCAUGAACUAGGUCCAUAUACUUUCUAAGUUAUGCUGUCAUUUCAAAAACUUAACCUAAGGUUAAGAUUUGGUGUUGACGCCGCCGUCGCCGCCGCCGUCGCCGUCGCCGUCGGAAAAGCGGCGCCUAUAGUCUCACUCUGCUAUGCAGGUGAGACAAAAAUUGUCAAAAUUUAUUCACUAUUAUCCAGCUAACUACCUGAUUGUUUUUCAAAGAAUUUCAAGGAGCAAUUCUAAAAACAGAAUGAAAAAUAGGUUUGAAGUUCACACAAUCUUGAGAAGUGCGUACUUUGAAUUAAAUUUUCAGCUCAUCUAGUGUGACUUAUUGCAGGUUUCAAGCUGGGCAGUCUUUUAAUUCAAUGCAGAUAAUUUUACAGUAUGCUUGAUCAAUUUCAGAUCAAUAAUCUGUUUGCUGCCAACACUUGACAUAGAUGGUAAAUUGUCUAUUGUGACGUAUAGAAACAGAAGAUAUAUUUCCAAGAUUUGUAAUUAGAAAUAAAAUUAAUUAAUCACUAUGUUUAUUAAAAAUACUUUCAACAUCUCA